AUGAAAGUGUCCAUUGGCCUUGGCUUCUUCCUGGCUUUCCUGGACCCAGGUACCUCCCUUCAGUGUGAGGUUUGUCAGAACGUAGGAAAAAGCUGCUCUGGCCCCAUGAGAACCUGUAGUGGUGGUGAGGAUACCUGCGGCAUCACUGUACACGAGGUCAUGAUAGGGGGUAUAACAGUCCCUUCAUCCAUCAAGUUCUGUGUGCCAUCCAGUGUUUGUCAGCUGGGUCCUAUCACCAUGAACUACGGGAAGGUAAAAGUAAGGAGCCACAUCGCUUGCUGCGUAGGCGACGAUUGUAGAAAGAUCUCUGUCACAUUGCCUCCAGAGGACAACAAGCCCAAUGGAUACCAGUGUCCUGCCUGCUACAGUGUGGACUCCUUCCAGUGUGGUAACGAAGUUGUAAACUGCACCGGAUCUGAAACCAAGUGCCUUGACCUGGCUGGAUUUAUGAAUUCUAGUGGACUGUCUGUGAAAACCGCCAUGAAGGGCUGCACCACCAUGUCUGAAUGCAGCCUUGUAGGAAGUGGAAAAACCAAUCUGGGGAUGAUGGACAUAAAGUUAAAGCAGUUCCAAUGCACACCAGCUUCUUUGCUUAGAGCGAGUUCUGGGUUUAUCCAUCCAGAUGGCUUCUUACUCCUUGUCUUGUCAGGAUUCAUCUUGGAGAAGGUACUUUUCUGA